CAGUCACGUUAGACAUCCACUGGGAGAGCAGCUCGGAGUCAGACAGCCGGACGCACUAGAUCAACACCAGUACUCUCUGUACCUCACUCAGGACCUCACACAAGCUGUUGAACAGGGGCAGUCCUUUCCCUUUCACACACUUAUUUGGUCAGGGAAUUCAAGAGGAGAUGGACUUCAUCCAGUCACCUACUCUGCUAUCUGGUGGUAUCCAAUGGGAGAAAGUUUUGCCACCUCUUAUUCCUCGCCUAAAUGGGACCUAUGGACAAUAUAAUUGGUCUCCGAAGUCAUUUAUUCCAGAGACUGAUAAUACCAGCCCAGCAGAGGUGAACUGUGAUGACAGUGGUUUUACAGUUCAUGUAGACGUUAAGGACUUCAGCCCACAGGACCUAAUGGUGAAAGUGAUCGGAGACUUUGUUGAAGUGCAAGGAAAACAUGAAGAAAAAAAGAAGAAUGGUCCAGGAUUAACAACACGACAGUUUAACCGCCGCUACCGAAUCCCAAAGGGGGUGGAUACCAUGGCUUUGGAGUCAGCAGUCUCUCCAGAAGGCAUUCUUAUCAUAGCUGCACCAAUGCUGCAAACCUGAAUUCUGAACUAAUCAAAUUAAAAUCAAACACUCAAAUCUCUGCUAUCACGAUGUACAAUAACAAAUGCAACAGGAACCUUUAUGAGCACAUAAAGACAUAACUUCUUCUCCUCUAGUCAUGGCAACACUCCGCAUGUGCCUAAACACUCAUUUGUUUUGUUCCUGGCACUGCUCUGUUAUUCCCUGCUCUCUGAGGUUUGUAUAUACUGCUCUGACUGUAACUCAUCGCUCUUACAUAAUAUUUCAAGGAACCAUUCUUUGUAAAUACUUUGCACUUGUACUUCAAAGUGAUGCUUUUUUUGUGCAACUUUUGUAAACUGCACUGUAUAAUGAUUGUGAUUAAUGAUGCACACUAACAUGUCACUGUGGCUCAAAUAAACUUUAUUUCUUUAUAAAAUACAA